UAAAAGUAUAAAUAUUAUAAAAAAACGUACAAGACCGUAUUGGAUAGCAUAUUGUUAUUUAUCUCUUUAAAUAUGAUGAAACUCCACCAUAUUUUCUGAUUUUAUGAACCUAUACUAUAUUAUGUAAAGUACUAUUUGGUCAAGCUAUAAAAUAAUGCUGUUCAGGGGAAAAAAGCUAAACUUAUAGAAUAUUAUACCAUUUAUCUUUCCUUUCAUUUCGGUUUAGCAACCAAACAGCUUACUUUCACUAACACUACAUUUUCUAACACUUAUUAUAUUUUAAAAUUCCGAUAAUAAUUCAACACUGUCUUAUAGCAUUUAUUUACACUUCAUUGGAACAAAUUCUUUUCAUAAAACUCCCUGACCAAUUAUAUUGCCAUAAUAUUAUAAUGGUUUUUUUUUUAAUUAAUAUUGAUGACAAGGCAAAAUAAUGGUUCUCAUUUUGAUGAAAUUUGUCCCUCAUCAAAUAUAGUAGUAUGUGUCCUUUAACACAUGUAGCAUGGUCAACCAGUCCAAUAUGAACUGAUAAAUACAGAUACGGUGGUUUUUUUUUUCUAGAAUCGUUUACAAAAUCAAAUUCAAUGCGGGCAUAAAUUUUAUCACACACAACAUCCUAAUUAAACCCAUGGAUUUCACACCAAAUUAAUUAGUACAAUUUAACAAGCGAAACGACAUGACCUUACGAUAAAAUGAAUUCAACCGAUAACAAAACAGUAUUGUGUUGUCCCUUCAAAGAGUUCUGGUACACGAUUACAUUUAAUGUUUCAAUGUAGUUUAAAAGUUUGUACAAUACGACUGUGUUACUUUACUUGAACUUUCUGAUUGUGUGAGAAUUUGUGAGACUUAGUACUUUUGUCUUUCGUGUACACUUGACGUGCCAUAAGUGUCAGAGGUGGUGAAGAGACGAUGUCGACCUAUUUAUAUUACUUAUCCGGUGUAACUCUGGCAGUUCUGGUGAUCGUGUAUCUCUUUGCUGGUGAUCAACAAUGCUAUUUAUAUAAUAUGUCCUGCAGUGCUAAUUCUACCCCAACUGGAAACCAGCGGUCUGGAUCCAGGACUGUCUCAACGUUGCAGUUUGUCGCUGUUUUUAGCCGACACGGAAGUAGAGCUCCAGUCUUCUCGUACCCCACGAGUGAGUAUCAAGUGAACGACAGAAAGGUUUGGCCACACGGAGGAGGUCAACUCACAACGAGAGGUCGAUUCCGAAUGUACCAACUGGGUGAAAAGCUUCGCUCUCUGUACAACGGGUUCUUGGAUGACCUGUACCACCCAGGGGAUAUCGUGGUCUACAGCACUCACGUGGAUCGAUGUUUCGACAGCGCUCAGCUGAUCCUGGCUGGUCUCUACCCACCACGAGAUUUCCAAGUGUGGAACCGCAACAUACCCUGGCAGCCUAUCCGUAUCUUAUACACUAACAAGGACCACGUUUUGUUAAUACUUUCUAUGGCGACAAAAUGGUCAAAAAUGUGUUCCAAAUUUCGCACCGAACAAGAGAAGUCUUUGGCCAGACUAGAACGAGAUUUUGGCUCUAAUUUGACACGAAUGUUGGAAUACUCGCUGCCUUACACGUCUCUGGACGCGGGCAGUCUUACGCUGAAUACCUCAAUCGGUUCAAUGUGGAUGGACACUUACACUCUGUGGGAGUCGAUAGUCAACCCGAAGAUGGAGGGUCUCAAACUCCCAUCCUGGGUCUCAGAGAUAUAUCCUCAGCCCAUCACCUCCCUCAUGAUAGAGGCGUUCAAGGCAGGAAUAUCCGGGUCUGACACCAUGCUUAGACUCAUGGCAGGAGAGUUAUUUGAGGAAGCGGUACGUUUUAUGGAAGCCAGACUGAAAAAUGAGACCAGUUUGGCGAGACAACUCUACCUCUACGUCGGCCACGACUUCACAAUAGUGGGUCUUCAGCGUAUCCUGGGUCUGACAGACACUUGCCACUGGGUGGUGGAGCCUAGCUCCGCCUUGAUCCUAGAACUUCAUACGGACCCAGCCACACAUGGAUCCUACAUUAAGGUCCUCUACAUAGACGGCAUUUCGAAGGACUUGGAACCUGUUGAGCUUGCCAUCCCUGGUUGUGACUAUCCUUGCAGCCUUUACCAAUUGAAGAGCAUGACAGAGAAGUAUUUUAAUGUAACAGACUGGCAAAAAGAAUGUGAAAGUUGAUGUUCUGUAAAUAUAUUUAAUAAUUCAAAAA